CAAAUCGAAAGCGUCUUUGCAAAGUUGCGUCCCUUUCACGUUAUACAACAACAGUAAUGGCGGACACUGAAGAAGUGAGAAAUGGUUGUGAAAGUUAACAAGCAAGAUGAAGGUGACUGAUAUUAAAAGACACACAAGCAUGUUUUAUAACUUGACAAAGUGCACAGGGUGUCUGCAGAGGCUACUCAACACUACCAAGUUUGUCAGGUUCAACAGCAAUAGUCAUUAUGCUGCCCUUGGUUUACCUCCAACUGCAACCCAAAAAGAGAUCAGGGAUGCCUAUAUUAAACUUUCGAAAGAGCAUCAUCCUGAUCAAAAUCAACAGGACAAAGACAGUCAUGAGAAAUUUGUGAAGAUAAAUACAGCGUAUGAAGU